AUGGGCGACUCGUUACAGAAUCUCGCAACAGAGGCCGCCGAAGGAAACAAUGUCUCUCUUACAGCCUCAGCUGAAGCCUCCAAUGCUGAAGGCGACAUCUCUCAACCAGAAAUACGCCCCGAUAUCUUCAAGGCAAGCGGGACGAGGCUUCACUGGGAAAGGUGGACCAAAAGAAGAGCAAACGACGGCACUGGCGAUCCACACGCAGGAGAUGGCAAUUCGUCCACAGGAGAUGGCAAUCCGGCCCCCAGCGGCGAUCUUGAAUUCGAUUAUAUGUUUGGAUAUCCAAUAACAACAGAGCAGAUGCAAGAAUAUUGGCGGAUGGUUGGAUGGUCCACCAAUGAGACUUUGCGGCUUGAUAAUUACUACGUUUUUGAGAAAGCAGUGGCGAGAUUCGAAUUACCAAAGAGGGUCCAGGAAACAUGGCUCUUGUUCGAUCCCGGCGCCCGCAAUGUCGUCUAUACGGGGGCUUCUGUUUAUCACAGACAAGGGCUCGUGAGCACGACCAAGGGGGGCGCCAAGCCGGUCAAAGCAAUGGUCAUAUCACAAGUCGUCACGGAUUUUGGACACCGGUGCUGCGGCUUGGCCACGCAUUUCUUGAAUCUCCUUGCCCACCAAAUGGAUAGCAGGGAGGGCGAGGACCAUAUUGCUUUCAGCGUGCUGUAUAGCGGUCCCAAAACGGACCUCUUUCAAAGGUGCGGCUGGAGGCCACUUCCUGCUAAACAGCUUCGAAUCACAUUGGGAGGCUUGCAGUUCAGCGGCUUGAUGGAGUACUUCAAGCGGUACCCAAAGUAUUUGCGGCACAUGAGACAUUUGUAUUGGGAGCAUCUUGAAAAUUGGCUUGGUGAAAGCGAUGGUCUCUCCAUGAUGGCGAUGAGUGCUAUCAAGCACCCAACUGUACAUGCCCAAAUCGUCUUGUCGCGCGACUUUGUAGCGUGGCACUUGCGUCGAUCUUUAAUAAGGCACAGUAUAGUCAGACUACAACAACAGGCUCACCCUGUUGACAGCAGAAUCCCUGUGGGGGCCCAAUUCACUGAUGUGAAAUCAAACACUUCCAUCUCGGCGUUUUGGGCCCACGAGUCUAUAAAGCGAAGGCUGUGCGUGGGGUGCAUGGAAGUGCAGCGUCACGAUGGAAUGGAGGGGGGGAUCAGGAUGGUGCUUUCCAUGGCUGUAGAAGAGGCCAGCCAAUACGGCCUCAGAGAGGUCAUCUUGUGGGAACCAUCAGCUCAAAUCGUGGAGCAAGCCGAAAGGAUUGCCGCUGAAAUGGGCCAUGGCAUGACGGCAACAUGGGAAAAUCGAUCCGAGAUGAUACCAUGCUUCCGAUGGCACGGAGGAGAGUCGAAGGAGGUGAUAUGGACGGAAAGCGGAUACUUUGGCUCUGCCUGA